AUGGCAGCCAGACACUUCAUCAACGACGGUACUACCCUGGUGCAGGAUGCGCUCCAGGGUCUAGCACUGACCCAGCCAGCGCUGAUCUAUGAUAGGGAAAACAAAGCCAUCAUUGACUCGCGUCAUGACGGCAAUGCAAGAGUGACUCUGAUACCAGGAGGAGGGACAGGACACGAGCCUUCAUUCACUGGCUUGAACACAAUUGCCACGGUAGGCGGAUCAGCCAGAACAGUGCUGAUCAUUAUGAACUACACCGGGGAUGUCCUUCACUUCCAUCUUGCCGCGGAAAAGGCUCGUCUAAUGGGCCAUGAGAUGGCCGUCCUGGUCGUUGGUGAUAAUGUAUCAGUUGACCGGCGUAAAAGUGGCAAAGUUGGGCGGAGAGGACUGGCUGGCACUGUUCUUGUGGAGAAAAUCCUUGGAGCGGUUGCGCGGAAUGAGUCGACCACUUUGAAGCAACUGCAUCGGCCGGGUGAGGACAUCGUGGCGAAUCUGGCGACGGUCGGUGCCGCUUUGGAACAUGUGCAUCUGGUGGGAAAGCUAACAACAGACUUGGCAGUCCGGACGGACCAGGUCGAGGUUGGCAUGGGAAUUCACAACGAGCCAGGAUGCUACAUGCUUGAGCCCCAGCCUCAUAUCUCCGUUCUGGUCGACCAGAUGUUGGAUAAAUUGGUGAACCAGUCUGACGAAGAUGCGGCAUAUGUGCGCUUCAAUGAUGCGGCAGAUUUGGUACUGAUGGUCAAUAACCUCGGGGGCGUUUCGAACAUUGAACUUUCAGCUAUGACCAAAGUUGUCGUCGAACGCUUAGGUAAUUGGAGCUUGCGACCGCAAUCUCCACGCGAUACGAGUAUACGCUGGCGCUUCAUGACAAGUUUAGACGGGAAGGGGUUCAGCAUUACACUGCUCAAGGCCAACAAGGCUAUGAUACAAGCUUUGGACGCACCCACGUCGAGCCCAGGCUGGACCGCUCAUCAACGCCUUGAGGGUCCCCCCUCGUCACGAUUGAGAGCUGAUCUUGGCUGUACAUUUGACACUAAAUCAUUUUCGGCGGCCAUCACUCGUGCCUGUGAUAAGACUGUGACCGCAGAGGAAGAGAUUGACCGUUUCGACUCUUUGGUCGGAGAUGGUGACUGUGGAUCUACUCUGGCCCGGACAGCUAAGGCGAUUCUGCAGGGUUUCGAAAAGGGCUGGUGCGUCAAUCCUGACGGUGAUGCUUUCAGAGCGGUGGAAGCCAUAGCUAAAGUCGUGGAGGACAACAUGGAUGACACCUCAGGGGCGCUUUACGCAGUCUUCCUAAAUGCAAAAUUGGUUGGAACAGCGGAUUGGAACCGUGCCACACCCGCACGGGUUGGGGACCGGACUUUGAUGACGCACCUGAACCAUUCAUUAGAGUCUCUAACAGCCGCCCGGACUGGGCGUGAUCGCACGUGGGGGAUGCGAGCUUCCCUGGGACGCGCUGUAUAUGUCCCAAAGCAAUGA